GGUGGCAAUGUUCGCAACAGUAAUGGCACCAUGCCGCCCAUGUCAGCAGAAGAUCUGGAAUGGUUCAAGUCGACAUUUCGUCCCAUUCCGCGCCCUCAGCUGCCCGAAGAUGCUAUAGAGUACUCGCUCUUUUUGCUUUCAUCAGACCCCGCCCCCGCUACGACCGAUACCGUUGUUCAGAGACGUGCCCGUCUGCAGGAAGUUCAGAAAAGUGCGUCGGAACUGGUCAAGGACCUUUUGAAGAAUUAUAUUUGGCAGCGAGAAACGUUCGGUUUGGAGAUUGUCAAAGAAAAUGAUAUCACCUUUCUCCGCGGGCGAACCAAUUUUGGGGACUCUAUUGAAGAUGAAUGGGUCAUCGUUUAUCUCCUGCGGGAAUUGACUAAAAAACAUCAGGAUCUAUGGGUUCGUGUUGUGGAUAGCGAUGGCGAAUUUCUGCUUGUCGAGGCAGCCAGCAGUUUACCAACCUGGCUGGAGCCUGAAGUUGCAGACCACAGGGUUUGGGUCAACAACGGCCAUUUGGUAAUCAUUAAACCGAAGAACGAUCGGAAAAGAGUCACAGAGAACAUAACGCUCGAGGAGUCGCUAAAAAUUGCUUUACACGAACCCGGUCGCUUACUACGUGAUUCAAACAUCGAAGAGGAGGCCUUUUAUCGCCUACGAAAAUAUCCCAAGCAGAUCAAAGAAAAUCUUCAUUGCGCACUAGUGACCAUCCCUCGGAAAGUUGCAUACUUGCUCCAUCAGAAACCAGCUUAUAUAUCGCCAGCUGUAGAGGCCUUUUACAUCCGCGACCCGAUAUCUUUACGGACUCUCAGAGCAAGAGGAAAGGACGAUCUGCUGUUUCCUCCAGAUGAUUUCGUCACUGUUAGUGUUCGAUUCACAAGAGUGGGUUAUGCUCAGGUCAAAAGUCAAGACUUCCCGCCUCCAGCUUCAUGGGCACAAAGUCUACCGCCUCCUACUGAUACCAAAAGAUUCGCCAAGGCUGAAACGGGGAUGAAAGUGACUUGUGGAUUUGAAAUGCUUCUUGGUGACCCUCAGAACCAGGAUAAGCCCAUCAUCCGAGAAAUUAAACUUUUACUCGAGGAUUUAGAUACCGGUGAUGAAGAGUUACCAACGGUGGAUGAAAUACAAAAGACAUGGAGUAUGCAACGGGACGAUGAGAGCUGGUUGGAUAUUAGUUUUGAGGAUCUUGAUACGGAGCUCAAAGGGCAGCGCGAUAAAAGUAUGGAAGCCGGAGCAUUUGGCGACCAGAGUGCACAGGAGAACCUGCAGCGAAUUGUUGCCCGAUUCGAGGAGUUCCUCAAAGAUGACUCAGCGGACUUCGACGGGGUUAAUCUUUACGACUCCGACACGGAUGACGAGCCGGACGACGAAGAAGCUAGCAGCGAAGACGAUGAAGGAGAUCUUAGGUUCGACGAGGAAGAAUUUGUAAAAUUCAUGAAGGAUAUGAAAAUGGACCCCUCUGGCGUUGAUUUACGAUCAAUACUCAAUAAAUCCUCGAAAGGAAGAGUUGAGGAACUUGAGCCAUCCGAGGAAGAUGAUAGCCACGAGAUUGAGGAGCUAUCGCGGCAAAUGGAGGCGGAGUUGAGACCUACUGGUGUACUGAACAUUAGCAAUCAGGAUCCCGGUCGGAAUCCGGGCGCGGUAAAAGGGAAAGGGAAAGACAAAGGCAAACAGAGACCUAUGCCUGAAGAUUUUGAUUUUGACGAGGAAGAUCCUGCGAACAUCCACCUUGUGAAGAAUCUUCUUGAGAGCCUACAGAGCCAGGCUGGGAUGCCUGGUCCUGCUGGUAACCUUCUUGGAAUGAUGGGCAUGAAAAUGCCCCCGGAUGACCGCAAGCGCAAAUCAUGAGGCUGUAAGUGAUUCAACGGUCUACUUCGUGAUGAUAUCCAGUAAUCAUGCAAAAUCGAAGCUAUUGCGUCGGUCCGAGAGGACCCGGAUCCUGACUGAAUGAGUGUAUACCAUCCAAGCUUUCGAAGCAACCUAUACACUGAAGUUUUCUGAUGCUACGAUGCGUCAGGCGUUAUGUAAUAUACAGCGCUCGAUUGAAGGAAAUACCGUGAUAGCUCAGCCUACUCAAUCAGCCGGUAGAUGUAAGAGUGGACGUGUCCUUCGCACCGGCCAGAGGACAUGAUCUCGUCUGGUAUAGGGUAUACUCUGUCAUAUAUACUGUAGUAUCAGUUUACAUAAA